AUGAAUAAUAUCCGCCAAGUUCAGGCUCUGAACAAGCGCGAGCUAGAGAAUGCUAUUCCUCCCGAAGCUUCCUGGCACGCCGACUACCGCGACACAGCUUACAUCUAUAUCGGUGGUCUUCCUUUCGAUCUCUCCGAGGGUGAUAUUGUGACUAUAUUCUCGCAGUAUGGCGAACCAGUACACAUAAACCUAGUGCGCGACAAAGAGACAGGAAAGAGCCGAGGCUUUGCAUUUCUCAAGUAUGAAGAUCAGCGCAGUACGGAUCUCGCCGUCGACAACCUUGGUGGAGCGACUGUCCUCGGCAGGAUGCUACGGGUGGAUCAUACGAGAUACAAGAAGCGUGAUGAAGAAGAGGAUACGAACAACGUGGCCAAGUUAAUGGGGGAUACUGUUAACACAGAGGCCGACGACGACACGGAUGAUGAGAGAAGGAGGCGAAAGAGGAGGGGCCAAAGUGAAGAUAGGGAACCGCCUAGACGCCAACUGCUGAAAGAAGAGAUUGAAUUACAGGAGCUAAUACAUAAUCAUGACGAGGAGGACCCCAUGAAGGAAUUUCUCAUUGAGGAGAAGCGGGAAGAAGUGGCUCGAGCACUGGAGGCAAGGAAAGAAAAGGAAAAGUCCUCGCGGCGGCGAGAUUCCAGCCGAGAGAGAUCAAGUCGCCAUUCCCGUCACCACCACCACCGUCGCCACAGACGUGAUGAGGACCGCUCGCGGUCUAGGGAGAGGAGCAGCCGUGACCAUAAAGAGCGAUCUCGACGGGAUAGGUCCCACAGGGACAGGUCUGCAGAGCGAUCACGAUCACCCGCAUCCCGUCGGGAGCGGGAUAGACAUGAUCGUCGUCGAUAA